GGCAUUUCAGUCAAUCCUCUCCACCAUGCCUUCCGCCGCCUAUUCCGUGCUCCCGUUCGCCGAGGAUGAUAAGCCGAUCAGCGCCCCGUCCCCGUCUCUGCAUCCGGCCUACUAUAUUGCGUGAGCGUCUGAACACCCUCAGCAGCGGUCGAGCCGGCCGUUGUCGUCAUGUUCGUUGCCAUUCAUGUCCAUUGCUAAUCAUCUCAGAAACUGGAUCUUCUUCUCGAAUCUCACUAUCAUCUUCAACAAAUGGCUGCUCGACACCGCUGGCUUCAAAUACCGUGCGUCUGCUGCCCUAACACCAUGUGAUGCCAUGAAUGCAUUCCUCGUCAUCCCCAUCCCCUCGGGCCUCGGGUCCUUACAUUUGAUUAGCUUUCUGCAGAGUGGCCUAUGGACUGACCGAAUGCUCUCUCUAGCCGUCAUUCUCACCUGUUGGCACCUCAUCUUCGCUACCAUCGCCACACAGCUUCUCGCCCGAACAACCUCGCUCCUCGACAACCGCCACCAUGUCAAAAUGACCGGCCGCCUGUACCUUCGAGCCAUCGUCCCCAUCGGCCUCCUCUACUCGGGCUCUCUGGUCUGCUCCAACCUCGUUUACGUCUACCUCUCCGUGCCCUUCAUUCAGAUGCUCAAGUCCGCCUCCCCCGUCGCCGUCCUCUUCGUCUCUUGGCUCUGGGGCGUUGCCGAUCCCAACGCCAGGACCAUCCUCAACAUCCUCGUCAUCGUCUUCGGCGUCGCCCUCGCCUCCGUCGGUGAGAUCGAGUUCUCCUGGCUCGGCUUCCUCUUCCAGGUCGGCGGUACCUGCUUCGAGGCCGUCCGCCUCGUCAUGAUCCAGGUGCUCCUCAAGGGAGACGACUCCAACGGCUCAGCCCAGCAGAUGGACCCCCUCGUCAGCCUCUACUACUACGCCCCCAUCUGCGCCUUCACCAACUUCCUCGUCGCCAUCCCCGUCGAGGCCCUCACCUUCAACCCGCACCAUCUCUACGACACCGGCUUCCUCAUCCUGCUCCUCAACGCCGCCGUCGCCUUCAUCCUCAACAUUGCCAGCGUCUCCCUCAUCGGUAGGACCUCCGGUCUCGUCAUGACCUUGACCGGCAUCCUCAAGAACAUCCUCCUCAUCGCCACCUCCAUCCUCAUCUGGCGAACCAACAUUUCCCUCCUCCAGGGCAUCGGCUACUCCAUAGCCAUCUUCGGCCUCGUCCUCUAUUCCACCAGCUGGGACCAGCUCAAGACCGCCGCUGCCAACAGCUUCGUCUGGUUCAGCAAAGCCGUCAAGAACCCGGAAGAUGGCCGCCUGUCCCCCCUCGUCAGGCGGGGCCUCAUUGCCGCCGUGCUCCUCUUCUUCUUGGCUUUGCUCGUCACCGGCUACCUUUACUCCAGCGCCGGUGUCAAUCCGUUUUCGGCCAUCAAGUCGGGGGAGUGGAGUGAGGCCCUCUUUGAAGGGCAAUAGAAACGUUUGUCGUGUCUGUCUCAUGUGGGGAUCUCGACCAAGAAAAGGAUGG